GUUGCAGGCCCUGCCGUUGCCGAAGGCAAGGCCGCCGCCGCCACCAGGUCUGGGCGGGAAGCGCUUGCGCGCGAGCAAGUGAGAGCCUUUUCGCAGAGGCCGAGGGGAUCGUUGCGCGGGAAUGGAAAUUGGCGUUUGCAUAUAAUUCGAGCUAGACUUGGGACACUUGUUCAGAGCGCGCCCUGCAACAGUCACGACAAAACAUGAAAUAGAAAGGUUGUGCAGUACUUUAGCGGAACGCCGAGCUGCUCUUAUACACGAGUUAUUUUGACCGCUUUUCGGUUACAGGCGCCAUCGCCACUUGAGUUCGACUUGACCGACGCUGUUGUCAACCGCGCUCUUCUGGGCUGGAUGCAGGCUGGCCUGGCGAAGGCGGUGCUCGGUGCCUUCCCAGGCAGCAGCUGGACGCUUGCGUUGUUCACACAGAUCCGCCAAUCACUGUGCCCUUACGGGAUUCCCGACCCCGCGCUGGCGGAAGGCCCCGUCCCUGAACCGCCGAAUUUCUUCACGGGCGUGUUCUGGCUCGUGAGCGCCGCUUUCUGCGGCGGGGACGCGGGGCCAUUCGGCAAUUGCUCCGGCAAGUACGGCUGCUUGGCCGGGGUCGUCGGCUUGAUCGGUGCGAUAUUGGGGAUGUUGGCCACGGGCUUUAUGCUGUUCUGUUUCCUUCCGGUAUUGGCCUUUCGCUGCUUCAAAAGCCGUCUACGCCGCGGUCGGCUUCCUCUUCGUUUUCAACGUUCUGCUGGACAAAGAAAACUAUUCGGUUCUGAGCGUGGACUGGGGCUACUUGUUCGUUGGGCUUGCCAGCCUGGCCAGCGGCGCGGGCUCCCUGGCGAGCUUCGCCACGACCCGGUGGUCUCACGCCCGGCCGUGGCCUGCCGCGGGCGCCGCCCCGGAGCCGGCGCCGCCCGGCGUGCAGCUGGCACACUGGCGCGAGCAGCCCCCGCACGGCGGGCCGUCGGCCAGCUCCUGGCACGCUGGGGCGCAGCCAUCGGCUAGCUGCGCUGGCGGUCCCCUGCAGGGGGCGCCCCAGCCCUCUGCGAGCUGCGCCAGCGGCUCCUGGCACGCUGGUGGCUGCGCCACGGCGGUGCCGCUGGCGUGCGCGGGCGGUGGCUCCUGGCCAGCUGGCGGCUCCUGGGGGCAGCUGGGCGCUCCGUAAUGUUAGGAACAUGGAAAUGUGUGGGCCCGCUGGGGUAGUUCCCUUCGCCUCCGAGAUCCGGGCCCGCGGGCGCCGCGAGGGUCUCCUUGCGGCCGGGGUGCGGGCCGUCGUGGGCCGCCUCGCCGUGGUGAAGGGGGCGUUCCCUCGGCCCAGAGCGGGGCGGCGAGUUUCCGGGAAUGGCUGCGGGGCCGUUGGUGGCCACUGGCGCGUGCAGGGCCGCCAGGCCGCCUUUCCGUGUCAUCAGCUCCGGGAGGCCGUCCGCCGUCCUGGCGGCAUUUUUGGUGUACACGGCCCCGGUGGCAUCCCUGACGGGGGGGGUGUUGCUUAGAUCUGGGUCUUGGUAUCCAGGCAGCGCCACGAAAAUGAGAAAAGUCUAACGGCAAGCUGAGAAAGUCAAU